UUGCACAGUGUGGGAGUGAGCGGAAAGAUGGUGGAGGUUUGCGCGUGGUUGUCCUGUCAUCGUACCCAGAAAAUCCGCAACAUUAAGCAGUUAAACCAGCGUGGCCGCUCGUCUUUAACAGUUCUCGAUCGGGUGAAACCCAGUACCAGAUCCCAGAGGCGACUGCCUUCGGUUGGCUGAUACAGGGCCCGCCAGCGAGAGGAUCGUCCCGGUCGAGUGCAAGCGCCGAGCGUGAGCAGCGGGAAUGCCGAAAUCCCGAGGCCGGACAGGCCAUAAAAAAGGUUCUUUAAGACAUGAACUACUACAGCUGAAGGUUUCAGCCAAAGUAGCUCAACAGAAAGGAGGACGGAAUGGAAUUAAAGGGGACACUCAGACCAGUGAUGAUGAUCUUGCCAGUGAAGUGGUGAGCCAUUGCAGCAGUGCCAGUGAGACGGCCAGUGUGCCUGAGGAAGGAAAUGAAGCUAUUAAUGAACAAAUGGCCCAGGAGGAAGCAGAAAAUAAAUUGAGGGAAUGUAUUGAUAAUACAAUGGAUAAAAGUGCAAAAAUACGACAAAAUGCUCUUGAAAGCCUUAAGUUAGCAUUUUCUUCAAAGAUUCUGGCAGAUUUUUUGGUGGAAAGGCAAGUCACUAUCACUGAUUGCUUGGAACGUUGCUUAAAGAAAGGGAAGGGUGAAGAACAAGCCAUCGCUGCGACUGUCAUAUCCUUAUUAUGUGUUCAGCUGGGAUCAUGCAAAGAAGGAGAAGAUGUUUUCAAAACCCUGAAGUCUGUCCUAAUUAAUAUCUUCACUGACAAAUCAGCUAGCUUGGCUGCCAGACACAGUACCGCCACUGCUCUGGGAACAUGCUGUUACAUUGCUGCUAAUGAAGCAGAGGACCUUGCAUCUUGCCUGGCCUGUUUGGAGAGCAUCUUCAGUGCUUCGUAUAUAAAGGGGGAUGGAUUGGUUCCCUCCCACAAUUCCCAGACUCAAGUUCUUCACUACAAUGCUCUCCUGUCCUGGUCCUUACUGGUUACUAUCUGUCCACCCUCCAAAAUUCAAAAACUCUUGGAAAAUCACCUGCCCAAGUUACCUGGCCUUCUGUGCAGUGAUAGUGUGACCUUGCGAAUAGCAGCUGGGGAAGCGAUAGCACUUCUGUUUGAGUUGGCACGCAAGAUUGAUCCAGAUUUUUUGUACGAAGGCACUGAUCAACUUUGUGAAAAGCUGAAGAGCUUGGCAACCGACAGUAACAAACACAGAACUAAAAAUGAUCGACGAAAACAGCGCUCCAUUUUCCGCGAUGUCUUGCAUUUCAUUGAGGAUGAAGUAUGUCCAGAGGAAACAAUCAAAUUUGGGGUUGAGUGCCUUUACAUAGAUAGUUGGGUUAAAAGAAGAGUCUACGAUGCCUUCAAGGAGAUUCUUGGAUCUGGUAUCAGGCACCAUCUGCAGCAUAACGAAUUACUGCGGGAUAUCUUUGAACUGGGUCCACCUCUAAUGCUAGAUGCUGCUGCUAUCAGGGCUAAUAAAAUUUCAAGAUUUGAAAAGCAUUUGUACAACUCUGCAGCAUUCAAAGCGAGGACCAAGGCAAGAAGCAAAGUCCGGGAUAAAAGAGCUGAUGUACUUUGAGAAGCCAGAACAGGCAUCGUGUCAGACCUUUCUGCAUAUUUUAAUGUUCCUGGUCACUGUGAUUAUAAAAUACAUUCAAUGGGGUUUUCUGAAUUGAGUUAACAAUCAUGGGGCCUUUUUAAUAUGUACAUGCACAGUUUCCAUUGCUGUGUUUGCUUUUUAUUUCAUUUUUCAUUUCUCAAAAUCAGCAUUUUAAAUUAUAUAGAAGUAUAUAAUCUGCAGCAUUAGUUCACCAAAAGUUUAUUGCUAUGGAUUAAUGCUGCCAUCGGAUUAAGUAAAUUAACGUGAUUGUCUCUGUCUCUACUUGACCUGUUACCUUGCAGAGCAAAGUUGUAAAUUUGGUCCUUUAUCCAAAAUAUAUUAUGAUGAAAUUGAUUAAACAUUUCAAAUGGUUUUAGUUUUGCAAAAAAAAAGAAAAGCACAAAAAUAAUUUGGUGAUAUUUUGUAAUUUUCUACCUAUGUUUUGUACCAUUGUUUCUCCUUUUUAAAAUGAACAGGUGGGUAUACUGAGAGCAGUUGGGUUUGGAGACAGCCAUCUGUGCAGGCUGACCUUUUUGAAUAUGUUAAUUAGCAUUAUAUAAGGCCCAAAAGUUUGAUUCUUAUAUUGGAAAAUUAUCCCCUUCUGACUUCAGUACAGCCAACCUGCAAAUUUAGCUUCCCACCAAACUUGCUACUUUUCAUGCAAUGUAAAAAGAAUGGGAAUGUGCAAAUGAUUUUUGACAUUUGUUUAUUUGGACCUCUCCAUAAUUUAAACUGUGUGGAGCAGAGGCCAUUGGGUUACUGGAAAGUACGUGGAUUUUGUGAGGUUUCUUGUGACUCUUUCCAUAUGUUUUAGUUCUCUGUUCUUCCAUUCCAAUAUAUAUUUGCAGUACACUAGGUCUGUGACACUUCAGUCUUAGAAUUAUUUAUUCAGGACAUAUAUUUGUAAUGAAUUUGAAGCUGAACGAAUAAUGUAUUUGACUUGUACAGAGUAAUUAUUCAAUACACCUGUAUUUUAUAGUAUUUGGAAAUCACUGGAAAGGCCACCAUUUUUGCCCAUCCUUAAUUGCUCUUGAACUGACUGACUUUUUGGGCAUUUCAAAGGGCAAUUAAAAGGGUACAGUUGAUCGAUUUUCUUUGCUAAAGGACAUUAGUGAAUCAGAAUUUUUUCAUGACAAUUGAUGGUUGUAAUUAACUAAUUUAAUUUUAACUAAUUGAAUUUAAAUUUCACCAGCUGUCACAGUAGGAUCUGAACCUAUUUCCUAGAGCAAUUAGCCUUGGCCUCUGCUUUACAAGUACAGCGACAUAGCCACUAUGCUGUAUAUUCAGUUAGUUAAACCUGAAUUAUUUCACGAUUUUUUUCUAGCCAAAUGGUAAAACAAUAGGUGCUUUUUUGCAAUUGUUUUUCUUUUUAGCUUUUUUUAGGAAUCUCAGGCCUGAAACUGUCUGGUGCUUUCAUUCUCCGCCACAAGCUUGGGGAGUUCCACAGUUUCUCCAGUGUUAACUCUGACUAGAAGGAUUGCUUGAGUGCUAACUAGGAUUAAUUCUCCUCUUUCCCCUUAUUUUAUUCAAAUUAUUUAUUUGUUCAGUGCUACGCUGGAGAAUGAGAUAGCCCAGGCAUCCUUUCUUUUGGCCAUUUUAGGAAUGAGAAAGUGAAACUAGAGGGUAGUCUUGUUACAUUAAUGCUGAGAUUAAUUAUAUUCUUACAGUUUUGAUACUACCUCCAAUUCUAUAACAUUGGUUGCAUGUGCAAUCACUCAAUCUCUUUGUUUAUGGCCAUAUUUUCUAAAACAAUAUGGAGUUACUUCUGACAUUUGGAUGCUGCAUGUGAAAAUUUGUUUUCAUUAACAUAUGAAUUAGGAAAAGGACAUACAUCUAGUCUGACAAACUAACUUCAAAUGUUUAACCUUGGAAAACCAUCUUACCUUGAUGAAGUUGACACUGGAGCUAAUUUUGGCAUGAAUUGAGUACUUUUACUCAGGAAGCAGAAUUUUUUUUUUGUUUGCUUUGAGUCUGCUGCUGUACUGUAAAGUACCAGUGCCUAUUCUACAUUCUGUCAUGCUGUCUUCUCCCAUUGUCAGCUUGAAAAUGCACAUCUUUUUUUAAAAAAAGUUUCUAUCGAGGAUGCAUCAUAUUUCUUAAUAUACCAUAUUUCAACAUUGUGAAGAAAAUGUUCAUACAUUAGCAGCCAGUCAGGGAGAGGGAAGGUGAUUUUUGCUGUUUAACAAUGGACCCAAGAGAUGUUGAGGACCUUGCUUUUUACAAAAAUUUGGUUAUUUCUCCAAAUGGCGAUGUUUGCCUAUCAUUGCAUGUACACCUUUAAACUUGUACCUAUUUGGUAACCCUCAAAUGUCACAAUGGAACAGAUGUUACAAAUGAAUCUCUGUUCCCUGCUUCAGGAGUUUGGCUUUGGGAUAGUUGCUGUUCCUUGUCUCCCCUUCCUGGAAAGUUGAGUUUGGAAUUCCCAAGUGCCCCUCUAUAAUAUAGUGAACCCUGUUAGAUCUGAAUUUUGUGGUUUCCAACAGAUUUGGAAUCUGUCUCGUGCUGCUUCAGACAAGUCAUUUUUAUGCAAACAAUUUUUAACAAUUAAAUUCUUUUCUAAAUUUCUGUAAAGAAGAAACUAAGGAUUUUUGUGAAUGUGCCUUUGCAUUAUGUAUGCUGUAUCUAAAGAGCCUAUUAAAAUAUUGCA